AUGUUGUCAAUGCUUGUGCUGCUCUUGGCCUCGGCCGUCGCCAUGGUGAGCUGCCAAUACACAUGGACUCCCACGAUUGACCCAAAUUCAGUGCCGAUGGCCACGCGUGAGAACUGGUGCUUGUCUCAGACAUCCUCCUGCCCCAUCCUCUGUAUGCAGAUGCCCAACACUACUGGAGCAAACGCAAAUACCUGCUCUGCAAAAACCUUGACCUUCAACUGUCAAUGCAACAAUGGCCUCUCUCCGAAUGCCUCCGAGUACUCCGAAACUAUCCCCUACUUCGUCUGCACCGAGGCCAACAACCAGUGUGUCAACAAGUGCAGCGACUCCAGCUGCCAAGCCGCCUGUCGCGAUGAUCACCCCUGUGGUGCUCAGCAUCCCACACCUGUCAAUACUUCCACUGCUACUAUUAGCCCAGGUAUCCAUGCGGCCAGUACUACUACCGUGGCCAGUGUCUUUACUGAGACGGCUACCGGUAAAGCUCCCCGACUUCUGGUCAAUGAUAUGAGCCACAUUUAUGGCCUCUGCGUUGUCAUUGGUGGGUUUAUUGCGGGUUUCGCUAUUCUGCUAUGA